ACACUACAGGGCGGAAAUAUGGCUGUACGAUGAAUGAAAACAACAACAGUACGCACACAUUCACGAUCUUAAUUCAAAAACAUCUUUAUAAUGGGUAUCACAAAGUUGGCAGAUUUGAUUAGAUUUGACGCGCCAACUUCUAUUCGCAGCAAAGAGAUCAGCGAUUAUUCUGGGAAGAUUGUUGCACUGGACACUUCCAUUGUCCUGAAUCAGUUUCGCUCAGCCGUCCCCCAUCUACAGCUAAGUCCUCUUACAGGUUUAUUUUACCGCACUCUGACUUUCUUGGAACAUGACAUUAAACCCGUCUUUGUAUUUGAUGGAAGACCGCCUGAUCAGAAGCGAGCUGUGCUGGAAAAAAGAGGUCAAAGCACCGGGUGGAUCAGCUCACAGAGCUCCAAUAAUUAUGUGUCCGCUCUUACACAAGACUGUCUUCGCCUUCUGCAGCUUAUGGGUGUGCCAUGCAUCAGGGCUCCAGGUGAAGCAGAGGCACUCUGUGCUUAUCUGGUUAAGAGUGGCACAGUUAAUGCUGUAGCAUCAGAGGACAUGGACACACUGGUAUUUGGAGGGACUGUUCUUCUACGUCAGCUCAAUGCAAAGAAAGACAGUGAAGUGACAGAGUACUCCUUACCAAAGCUUUUGGAAGCUCUACAGCUGACACAUGAAGAGUUUGUUGACCUCUGUAUCUUACUGGGCUGUGACUACUGUGAAAAGAUUGGAGGCCUUGGGCCAAGUCGAGCACUGAAGCUCAUUAAAGAGCAUCAUACAAUAGAGGGGGUGAUGGAACAUGUCAACAAAAAGACACACCCCAUCCCUCCAAACUGGAAGUACAAAGAUGCCCGUAAGCUGUUUUUUGAAACGCCACAAAUUGACACCCCUGAACUAGUUUGGAAAGAGCCUGAUGAAGAGGGAUUGGUGCAGUUCUUAUGCAAAGAGAAACCUUUGAAGGAAGAAAAGGUGAGAGGACGUAUUAAAAAGUUUCGUGAGUCACUGUCAAAGAAAAGGAAACAGAGAGAGGUGGAGGGUCCAACUAGACAGUCUCGCCUUGAAGAAUAUUUCCCUGCAACUCGGAGGAGAAAGGCUGAGUCUGCAGUAAUGGGAGGAUCCAGUGUUAGAAAACGAUCAAAGAUUAAAUAAGACUCUUCUUGAACCAUUGGUACAACCAUCACACGGACAGAACCAUCAAAACUUGAGACCACCUACUAAUGGAGAUCUCUUAGAUUGGAUGUUUUACUGAAUAUUUUAUUUUGUUCAAAUGGCAGCAUAAUGUCCAACCAGUGCCAAAAGAAGAUAUUUUUUAAUGUUUUUAAUCAUGAGAAAAAAAGCUUUUAUGUUUGGUAACCUGUUUUCAAUCACAGUAAACCACCAGUUUUAUUAGUAAAACUGUAAAAAAAAAAAUGUAACUAAAACUGUGCCUUGUUUUCUUAAAGCAGUGAAAGAUGUAAGGACAUUAUACAAUACCAUUCUAGUAGGGUUUGAUACGUUUUUCACUCACCAGCCAAUUAGGGUAGAAAAUUAUUAAAGGGGACAUAUUAUGAAACUCUGACUUUUUCCAUGUUUAAGUGCUAUAAUUGGGUCCCCAGUGCUUCUAUCAACCUAGAAAAUGUGAUAAAGUAUAAAAAUUCUCUGCAAGCAUGUGAAAAAUAGGUCAUUGAAAUUUGGCUCCCCUUGUGAUGUCAGAAGGGGAUAAUACCACCCCUUAAUCUGCACUAUCCAACCACGCCACUGCCAUUUUGUGCAGAGAUCAGCUAAUUUGCAUUUAGAGGACACAGCCAAAAACAGCACUACAACUACAAAGUGGCAAUUUUAACAUGCUGUAAUAAAUUAUCUAUAUGGUAUUUUGAGCUAGAACUUCAUAUACGUACUCUGGGGACACCAAAGAUUUAUUUGACAUCUUAAAAAACUUUUACUAGCCUAAAAAGAAAGAAAAUAACAAGAUUAACUGUGUCAUCUUUAUUUAUAAACAUUUUAUUAUUAUUUAUUAUAAAAUCUGAAUUGCAUAUUUUCAAACAAAAUUCUGUCUUGCCAUUUCCUCCCUAGCUCUUUCAUCCUUGUCCUUUUCACCAAAACAAAUCUGUGCAAUAAACAU